AUGUCCUCCUCAAAGACCCCUGUUCUCACCGAUAAGGCAGCCAAGCCCCUGCCCGGCAUCUACAGCCAAGCCAUUAUCGCCAAUGGCAUGGUCUUCUGCUCUGGCGCCGUUCCCAUGGACCCGGUGACUAUGGAAAUCAUCGACGGUGACGUCCAAGCACACACGCACCAAUGCAUUAAGAACCUCACCGCGGUUCUAGAAGGCGCUGGUACCACGAUUGAUAAGGUGGUCAAGGUCAACGUCUUCCUUUCGGAUAUGGACGACUUUGCUGCGAUGAAUGAGGUUUACUGCACCUACUGGGGCGAUAUAAAGCCAUCGAGAACUUGCGUUGCGGUCAAGACCCUCCCUCUUAAUGUUGAUGUUGAGAUUGAGUGCAUAGCUGUCUUGUAG